CUCCUACAAUGACGUCCGAGCGUUUCUGUAUCGCUAUUAUCGGGUCAUGGCCAAUCGGUAAACUACUGGCCUGUUGCGCUGGACCGCAUCCGCGUAUUCAACUGUUGCAAUAUGAAGCUGACGUGUUUCCACUGUGUCCAUCUUUUACUACGGUAUAGGCUCACAAACGCAUCACACUAUAAAAGUACUAGACCAAGACCUUCGUCGUCGACAAGAGGAGAAAUGUUAUAAGGGAUCUAUGUGGAUGCGAUGGUGGCAUGGUGGUGAAGAUCAAUCGCUGGCGUUGAAGUGCCUGCGGGUGGCAUAUUUGGUAGACUGGGCCGGGAGGAGCGUAUGAGCCUGCUGAAUGACUCGUUGCCUGAUGGAAUGCGUAAAAGCGGCAUUCAAUACUGCAAAAGGCUUAUUGAUGUACGCGCUAACGGUCCACAACAGCUAGAACUGAUAUUUGACGAUGGCACAACGGAUCAUGUCAAUGCUGUCUAAGCCGCCGACGUAGUAAAUUCAAUUUGUCGGAGAUUUGGUGCAGGGGGACGCCUACAAACCGCCUAGCUGUAUAGUUAUGAUUGCAUACAGUGGGAAUGUCACUUCAACGAAGGUGGCGGAGCUGGUCGGAAAGUAUUUUGCGACUGAUACCUAUUGUAUUAUCGGUGUUAAGGGGUGACGUUUGCUAAUCUUCCCCGUUGAGGAAGGUUCACAAACGUGGCGGCAUUCUGUUUGAAACCAGAACAAAAACUAAUAUACACGAAACGAGAAGGUAACCAUUGAAGAGUUGCUGAGGCCACUUUCCUAGGCGGAAUGCAAAGAUGAACACAUUGUUGGAAGUA